CAGGUCCUGGCAGAGGGCAGGAUGAUUGAGGAAGGUGGGAACAAGCGGAAGACCGUGGCAGAGAAGAGGCAGCUGUUCAUAGAAAUGCGUGCACAGAAUUUUGAUGUCAUACGAUUGUCAACUUACAGAACAGCUUGCAAAUUACGCUUUGUACAGAAACGAUGCAACCUUCAUCUGGUUGAUAUCUGGAACAUGAUCGAAGCCUUUCGAGACAAUGGCCUUAAUACACUGGACCAUAGCACCGAGAUCAGUGUGUCCCGCCUGGAAACCGUCAUCUCAUCCAUCUACUAUCAAUUGAAUAAGCGCCUUCCUUCUACUCACCAAAUCAGUGUGGAACAGUCCAUCAGCCUCCUCCUCAACUUUAUGAUUGCCGCUUAUGACAGUGAGGGCCGAGGCAAGUUGACCGUAUUUUCAGUUAAAGCUAUGUUAGCAACCAUGUGUGGUGGAAAAAUGCUGGACAAAUUGAGAUAUAUUUUCUCCCAGAUGUCAGAUUCCAAUGGCUUAAUGAUAUUUAGCAAGUUUGACCAGUUUCUGAAGGAAGUUCUGAAGCUCCCAACAGCUGUCUUUGAAGGGCCAUCUUUUGGGUACACAGAACACUCAGUCCGCACCUGUUUUCCACAGCAGAAAAAGAUAAUGCUAAAUAUGUUUUUAGACACAAUGAUGGCAGACCCUCCCCCACAGUGCCUUGUUUGGCUACCUCUCAUGCACAGGCUUGCCCAUGUCGAGAAUGUCUUCCAUCCUGUGGAGUGCUCCUAUUGCCGCUGCGAGAGCAUGAUGGGCUUCCGCUACCGAUGCCAGCAGUGCCACAACUACCAGCUCUGCCAGAACUGCUUUUGGCGUGGCCAUGCCAGUGGCCCGCACAGCAACCAGCACCAGAUGAAGGAGCAUUCCUCUUGGAAAUCCCCUGCAAAGAAGCUGAGCCAUGCAAUUAGUAAAUCUUUGGGGUGUGUGCCCUCCAGAGAACCCCCACAUCCUGUUUAUCCUGAGCAACCAGAGAAACCACUUGACCUUGCACAUAUAGUCCCUCCUCGCCCUCUGACCAAUAUGAAUGACACCAUGGUUAGCCACAUGUCCUCUGGAGUGCCCACCCCCACCAAGAGGUUUCAGUAUAGCCAGGAUAUGCCCAGCUCGCUGGCCGAUGAGCAUGCGCUGAUAGCCUCCUAUGUGGCCCGUCUGCAGCACUGUGCACGUGUCCUGGAAAGUCCUAGCCGGCUGGACGAGGAGCACCGACUCAUAGCCCGCUAUGCUGCCCGACUGGCUGCAGAAGCAGGAAACACGACUCGUCCUCCUGCUGAUGUGAGCUUUAACUUUGAUGCCAACAAACAGCAGAGACAACUUAUUGCAGAACUGGAAAACAAGAACAGAGAGAUCCUGCAAGAGAUCCAGCGUCUCCGUCUGGAGCACGAGCAGGCUUCCCAGCCCACUCCUGAGAAGGCCCAGCAGAACCCCACGUUGCUGGCUGAGCUGCGGUUGCUGAGGCAAAGGAAAGACGAGCUGGAGCAGAGGAUGUCGGCACUACAGGAAAGCAGGCGGGAGCUCAUGGUCCAGCUGGAGGGGCUGAUGAAGCUGCUGAAGGAAGAAGAGCAAAAGCAGGCAGUUAGCCAAGGAGCCAGGCACAGAGGACACUCAGGCACAGAGGACGUGGCAAGCUGGCACCAACACUACCAAGGCACGGUCUUCCCCCAGAGGCACAUUCCUAUCCAUCUUUCUGCUGCACACCUGGACCCGGCUUGCAGGCUGUCAGACGUCACUCCAUCGCCAGGGAGAGGGGAGCCAAACCGGUGGGAAGUGGGGAGGGCCUGCCUGGAGCAAAGCCGCAGCUGGUGGGCCUUCCCCUGCGCAGCCCUGCAUGUACUAGCAUCUUCAUUACUCCCCUCCGGGCAUGGUCUCAUCUCUGCAUCAGGAAUUUUCCGGGAGGUUGAAAAGAGAAAAGAAAAGCUCUAAGCCCUUGUGUGUGUGUGACCUGAUGGAUCUGGCGUCUGGCCAACACGUGGUACGCGCCCUAGAGUGGAGGCACAAGUUUCCUCCUUACCUUUGACCUUUAAAAACCAACAGGUUCUCUUCCGUCUAUGCAAAAGAAAGCUGCAGGCCUUGCCCAACGCUGUAGACGUUCACACCCUGGCCGCAAUGGUAGUGCUAUAAAUAGCCGCCUUCCUUUCUCGCACUGCUGAGGCUUCCGCCCCGCGGAGCGAGAUGCUGCGGCUCUGCAGCCAGGAGGCGGGGCGAGAGGGGGGGCGGCCGCCAGGGGGCGUGCUGCCAGAGGCGCAGCCUCUCCCUGGGGCUCCGUGGGGCUCAGGCACACGUGAUCAAGUCCAAUUCCCGGUGAUUUUCAUUUAUAUUUUUCUGCUCCCUGGGCUCCAGGAUGUUAUUUUUAGUAGAGGAGUUGCUAUAAAUAUUUAUAAAGGGCAGUGACUGGAAUGGAGCGAGAGGCCCCACAACUGGCUGCCCCCACCACCACCUCUGCAGACCCCUGCCCUGGCUUUGAGGUAUGUGCAGAGCCACUGGGCUGGACUUGUGACCACACAUGGAUAGAGUCCCAAGAGCACCGCGUAAAGGACCCGUUGGGAUAGGACAAAGGGUGGAUGUUAACUCGCAGCCUCUCACCUGGCUCUGCCUCAGUUAUUCCCAUUUCUAACAGGUCAAGGCUGGAGAUGUGGAAGUGGGGUGCCUUGCUGGGCCCAGGUUCUUGGUGUCCUACUACUAGGAUGAGGGGCAUGGGUGCUGCAGCUAUCUGAGGGCAAAGAGGGAAAGGAGACGGGAGAUGGCUCCUGCUCAUCUGUGAAAAAGACACCUUUCCUCCAAGCCCCAGUAGGAAGCCUGCCUCACCCACACUGGGUGGGCUAGCCAAACUGAGGGCCUGAAGAGCCGGCAGGGGCUUGGGUAAAGAAAAGGAAAAAGGUAAAAAGGUUUCCACACUUUCAGGAAAAAGGGGAAAGGCAUCCUAACUUGCCUGGAAGGCCACAGGGGGGAAGGGUGAACACAAACACAUGGAAAGUUCUGGGGACACUCAGUGCCCACCAGUGUGAGGUUAUGCAUGAAGAUAUGACAGUCUCUUGAGGGACUGCUUCCCCCCAUGAUCCUGACAUCUCACACUAUAUACCUUUCCCCUGAGAACAGGGUUGAAUCCCAUCUCCUGACUCCUUAUGUGAGCUGCUUCCUUCUUCCAGAGCAGAAAGGGUUAAAGGAACACUCAGACUCAAAACACGAGUGUCUCCAGAGCAGCUGAGUGCUCAGGCCAGCUGAGGUGUGUGUGGUGCAUAGGCAGCAUCCCCUGGGCCCCUCAGGGCCAAUGACCAGUCUGCAGGUUCUCUUGCUCUCUUCCUGUCUCUGGGAAGGAGCAGUGUUUGCCUGUAGGAGAAGCUCAGAUCUCCUAAGCACUUAUGCUGACCAGCCCUGGAGGAUAAUGAGAGGGUAGAGAUGGGGUUGAGGAUGCCCUGAUGCCGGUAUUUUGGACGUUGAACAUGCCAUUGUUGUAUAAAUUCUCCGUCACAGUUGAUUUCUUUUAGUUAGAAUAUCCACUCUUGUCUAAUGCCCCUGAGGUGCCUCGUGGCUUCUUGGCAUCUGCUUUCAGGCCAAGAUCCACACUGGAAGUUUGAAGCUGGUUUCCUUUCCUCAGCCCUGACUCGGAACACAGGUGGUCAUUCUGAUGUAGCAGCACUUUUCUUCUUAAUUGCUCCAUGGCCAUUUAGGAGCCCAAUUUAACCCAGGUUGAUAUCUUUUGAGAGGCAUUUACUGUCAGCAUCUCCAUGAACCCUGGGGGGAGUCAGGCUGUCCUGCAGCACUGGGGGUUGGUGCUGUUUUGUGACUGUGAAGACCCUGGAGAGGAACCAGAUGGAUCCUGGGCCUUGAGGAAGCACAACCCCCUGGCAAACCCUGGACCAUAAGUCCCAGCCAUCCUGAGCUUCUAUUUAUUGUCACACCUCAUCUGCUGAUUAUGCUUUAUCCAAUGGCAGACUCUCUUCUCCCACACCGCUUAAUUCCUGUUCCUGGUGCCCACAGUUUCAGAAAGGUGAAGUUGCCAUGGCAAUGCCUAGAGCCAUCUGACUUCAGCUGCACCUCCUGGAAGACAAGGGCUCGUGAAGAGUCACUCUUCAUGUCUGGCUUAUGGUCUCUGCACUCUAAGGGGUCAGAAGCUUGGUAGGUGGCCUGCCUGACUUGGGAAGACACUGUGGCUACAAACCACACAGCCCUGGACAAGGUCUCUGUGUGGAUCAGAAAUGAAAUAACUUUUUCUACCUGGAGCUCUUAGGCAAUGUGCUAAAACUUGAGCAUGCAUCAGAAUCCCCUGGGGGGGGGGGCUGAAACAGAGAUGGUUUGGUCAUGCCUCCAGAAUUUCUGAUUCUGUAGCUCUGGGCUGAAACCAAAGAAUUUUCAGUUCUAGCAAGUUACCAAGUGAUGUUGUGUUGUUGAUCUAAAAGACCACAGUGGGAGGACCACUGCACAACAUUUUUAGGAGGACAAAAUAAAGAAAUAAAAAGAUCACAUUUGUGCAGAAGCCAUCGCCAGUCAAGCAGAAGGCCAGGGUCAGUUGUCUAUUCUAGAAGAAGAAAAAGAGUAAGUCCCACUUCUUGACUUAGGGCCCUGGGGGAAUGUUUUCUGGUCCUGGUGGCCCUCAGACUCUGUUAUUGGUCUCCAAUAAUCAAUAAUACCUUCUCAGACAUGAAAGAGGAUGGGGGCAGCAUGAAGGCAAAGCCUUUAAGUUGCAGAGAACGCCAUCGCAGAUGUCCAGUGACAGGUCAUUUGUGAGUCUUCAGUCUCAGCAUGGGGCAUGUUAAUGGAUGCCUGGCAUAGGAAGGAUAACAGAGAGGGUGUGUAGGUGCCUACCCCUCACAAUUAGAGCUUCUACCCCACAAUGCUUUCCCCAGAAUAAAAUACUAUCUUUCACACUAAAAAAA